CUGCCGCACGCUGCUCCCGCCGCGCCACCAGCUCACCACCGCUGCUAGCCACGAUGCGGUCGCCGCGAAUCCCCGGCCGCCGCGACGCGGCGUCGCCGCAGACGCCAAAGGGGUUCAACCCGGGCGACCCCGUGGAGGUGGUCCCCGACGAGGCAGGCCUGCACGGGGCCCACUUCGCUGCCGUCGUCGUGGGGCCCAGCGCCAAGCCCCGCGGCUACACCGUCGAAUACGACUCCCUCCUCGAGUCCGAGGGCUCCGACCGCCCGCUCCGGGAGGCACUGCCGGCGCGGAGCCUUCGCCCUCGCCCACCGCCGCCGCCCGCGCCCGCAUCGGAGGCCCCGCCCGCGGAGCACGCCGCCGUCGACGCGCUCAUCGACGACGCCUGGUGGCUCGGGGUCGCCCUCGCCCGCGCCGGCGCGCCCAGCAAGGUCAGGGUAUGCUUCCCGGAGACCAGGGAGGUCAUGGAGUUCGACGCCGCCGACGUCCGCCCGCACCUCGAGUGGGUUGACGGCGAGUGGCGCUCCCCAGAUAACAUGGAGAUACCCAAGACAAUGCCAUAUGCAAAAGGAAUGCAAAUUGAAGUUUCCAAGUUGGAAGACAAUUCUGUUGUUGCUUGGUCACCUGCAGUUGUCGCAAAGACUAUCUGGAAGAAUAACCUAUUAGUCGACUACACUCUUUCAAAGUGUUACGGUACUACAUUGUCUGAGGAGAUUGUUGAUGUGAAGCAUGUGAGGCCUUGCCCACCACAAGCAUCAGAGAUUAGUUUCUGCAUCAAUGAUGAGGUUGAAGCAUUCCAAGGUGAUUGCUGGUGGCUAGGGGUGAUUACUAAUGUUCUUCCAGAAUUCAAGUACACAUUUAAGUCAACGCAUUUAGGGACGGAAGUUGAGGUGAACCAGAAAUUUCUGAGGCUUCGAUAUGACUGGGUUGGUGAUCAAUGGGAACAAGAAUCAAAGAAUGUGCCCAAGGCAAAAUUUACACAAGGUGUCAAGGUUGAAGUCUGCAGCGACGAUGAAGGUUUUCGUGGAGCCUGGUUCGAGGCGACUGUUGUUAAAGCUGUCGGCAGCAAGUUCCUCGUGGAGUAUGCUACGCUGAAGGCCGAUGACGGGACCAAGCCUCUGAAAGAAUCUGUAGAAGCACGGCACAUCAGACCUUGCCCUCCAGAUAUCCCUGCCACUGAUGGAUUCAAACUACUUGACGAGGUCGAUGCCUUCUGCAACGACGCGUGGUGGGUCGGUGUGGUAUCCAAGGUCCUCGGCGAGAAGAGGUGCACGGUCUACUUCAGGCCUUGGAAGGAAGAGAUGGAGUUCGAGCAUGCGCAGCUGAGGUUGCACUGUGACUGGAUGGGCGGGAGGUGGAUGCGGGCUUCCCCGGCACUGGAGAUGUGAAGGCUGAAGAGCCACGCGAUGGCGUUAGACAGUAGCUUGGUGAUUGUAUGGGGUAAUACCCAUAGUUAAAAGUGUGUCGUCACUAAGGUACCAUGUUAUGUUGUCUUCCUGCAUGAAGUUGUCCUGUGCCAUCUGCAGCAAGUUGGAUGAUGAUCAUUGUGCAGUUGCUGCAAGUUGCCACACCACCAUCAGGUCUGAAUCUGAACGCUUGCCAAUGGUUGAUCCCAUUGUGUUGUACUAGGAACUAGUAAGCGCAUUCAGCCAGUGUUAAGGGUGAAGAACCGGGAGCUGUGGUGCUAAAUGUUAGGGGUGUCGAGUGAACCCUUAUUGAUCGCCGGCGACUUGUUUGUUU